UUAGCACCAGAAAAAAACUAAGUUCUCUCUUGACUCUCAAAGCGUACGGAUGUGCGUCUCGUCGUCGUCGUCGUCGUCGCGAGUCCACGGAAAGUUGUCGCGAUCAGACCAAUCGGUUGUUUAACAAGUGGAAGUUUCAUUAGAGCUAAUCUGCUCGGUCGCAGAUCAAUUACCAGCAGCGGCACAGGUGCACAUCUUUGCUGUGUCGAUUUGCUCGUGGGAAACGGGAACUUCAUCGAUCUGUGCUGGUCGGAAGCUGGUCGUUGAACCACCCCAUCGCACCAUCGCACCGUUGUUCACCUUGCUCCACACAACGGGGAGCCAUACCACACAGAUACAGACACAGGCACACACACACACACUCCCUCACGCAAUGUGUGAACGCAAUCGAGAGUGUUAAACAAUAGUGGAACCGAAAAAUCACGCACACACACACACGCGUGCAGGUGUGGUGCAAAAAGUGGAACGUGUGGGAGGGUGUGAGCAGUGCACAGAGAAAGGAAUGCAUUUCGCUUUUCUUCAUUGGCGGCCGUCAGCAACAUCGUCUUUCACGGACAUCAUCAUCAUCGGUACCAUCAUUACCACACCCCUGUUGUUGUUGUUCCUGGACGACAAGUAGACGACGGGCUGCUAGAUUGCUCCAUUGAUUGGUGCGAGCGAGUGAGAGCGAUUUUGACGUGUGGAACAGGACACCCGACAGGAUCACCCUCAUUACCAACCGGGAUAAAUCAGGCUGAUGUUCCUGGAUGUGGGGUCGGUUGGUGUAUUGCAGUAGCAAAUUGAAGCUAUGAAUGUAUUACUAGAAGAAUGAAGCAGUAAAUCAGCUGUUCGGAAGGAAAUUGCAUUUGUUGCCAGUGCUUACUUCACCUUCAGAAGUACCAUCGAAUAUCACUGUCUCUACGUGCAUCCAUGUUAAUUGUUUGUAAAUGCAAUACAACAUAAGGGACAAACGUUAGCGGUCCCCGAAGCUUACACACUGCUGCUUAGUUCCAUGCGCGAUCGCGUGAUCGAAUGUUGCUGUGCAGGCGCAUCCAUCCAUCGGUUGUAUUGGUGUCCAGGUGUGCCCCAAUCGCAAGUGGUUCGUUUACUGACCGGUCGUAUGCUUUACUGAGGGUGUGCUACAUAAAUUAGGUAGAAAUCGAACGGUAGAGCACCGUUCCAUUUGAGCUUGUGUUGCUCACAUCGCCGGUUCCAUCGGUUACCGACUACUCCACGACACACGUCCCAGAGGCGUGUCAAAUGUGCGGUGUAUUCGGUGUGGUUCGUCUUUGUGGAGUGGAUUGGCGGACACAACGCUAAAGGCGCCCCCGCUCGCUCUAGUGAAAGUGUUGCAAAAGUAAAAAUAAUCGUACAAAAUCUCAUCGUCCAGUCCAACAAACAAGCUGGUGGCGCACGGAAUCAACCACCAACACGGAAACCCGAAACAGAACAGAAAACACCCUUUUAGCAUACACACACACACUAAACCCUCACAUACACAUGUGCGUACGCACUUACAUACCCUGAUUCGGUACGGUGUGGGUGGUUGAAGAAUUUCGGAGUUUUUUUUCUCUCGGUUCUGCCGGUUUAAAAUAUUCACCGCAACACUGGUGCACCGGUCGGAUAACGGCACGGAUUUGCAAGCGCGACCCGCUUUAGAGGCAGCAGCUGAUCGCAACCGAAACCAACGGCAUACCCGGUCAACAGUAUCGGUUCACUACAUUUUGGGGUUGCCAUUCGGAUAACAAAAAGCCGCCAACCUGGAACUAAUGGAAUUAGAGAAUAUCGUGGCCAAUACGGUCUACCUGAAGGCGCGUGAAGGAGGCUCCGACAGCAACAAAGGAAAGAGCAAAAAAUGGCGCAAGAUCCUCCAGUUUCCCCACAUAUCGCAAUGCAUCGAUCUCAAGAACAAAAUAGAUGUAAGCUAUGGUUAUGUAGUCGAUCAACAGCCCAUCGGACGUGAACUGUUCCGGCAGUUCUGCAAGGUGAAACGACCACAGUACUCCCGGUAUAUUACCUUUCUGGAUGACGCCACAAGAUACGAAAUAGCGGCCGAUGAACAUCGGGUCGAUCUGGCGUACGAGGUCGCGAAACGCUAUCUCGGUCUUUGCACCGAGAGUCAGCGUGAGGACAGCGGUGGAGGCGGAGGCUGCGAUAGUGAUGGUGGGAAGUGCGACGAUGACAGUGGCAUCGGUGGAGACACGAAGAAGCUCAGCAACCACGACGAUCCGGAGAAGAGCUUGACCGGCUCGAACUCGGUCACCACCAAUACCAUCAACAACGAGAAGGACGAGUUCGUGCUGGACGUGUUGAACGAUGAUAUGGUGGCACAGGUUCGAACCAAACUAUCGAUCGGUAGCAAAGAGUUGUUUGAGGCUUCCAUAACGGCGGUGCGAGCCUUCCUGGCCGGUGAACCAUUCCGGGAAUUUGAGGCUUCAAUGUACUUUCACAGAUAUUUACAGUGGAAGUGGCUCGAGGCCCAGCCGGUUACUUACAAAACUUUCCGCAUGUAUCGCGUCCUGGGAAAGGGUGGUUUCGGUGAAGUCUGCGCAUGUCAGGUACGGGCCACUGGAAAGAUGUACGCCUGCAAGAAGCUGGAGAAAAAGCGUAUCAAAAAGCGAAAGGGUGAAUCGAUGGUGCUGAUAGAAAAGCAGAUACUGCAGAAGAUCAACUCCCGCUUCGUGGUGAACCUGGCGUACGCAUAUGAAACCAAGGACGCGUUGUGUUUAGUGCUGACGAUUAUGAACGGUGGCGAUUUGAAGUUUCACAUUUACAAUAUGGGCGGCGAACCAGGAUUUGAACUUUCCCGGGCACGAUUCUAUGCGGCGGAGGUGGUCUGCGGGUUGGAGCACCUACACCAGCAAGGUAUCGUUUAUCGCGAUUGCAAACCGGAAAACAUCCUGCUGGACGAUCACGGGCACGUGCGCAUUUCGGAUCUUGGACUGGCUGUCGAAAUUCCGGAGGGCGAAAUGGUUAGGGGGAGAGUCGGUACAGUUGGUUACAUGGCGCCGGAAGUGAUUGACAACGAGAAGUACGCAUUCUCGCCGGAUUGGUUUAGCUUCGGUUGCUUGCUGUACGAGAUGAUUGAGGGACAGGCACCGUUCCGUGCACGCAAGGAGAAGGUGAAACGCGAAGAAGUCGAUCGGCGGGUAAAGGAAGAUCCAGAGAAAUAUUCGCACAAGUUCAGUGACGAUGCCAAAACGUUGUGCCAGCAGCUGCUGAUGAAAGCGGUUAAAAGUCGGCUCGGGUGUCGUAAUGGACGGCACGGUGCGCGCGAAGUUAAGCUGAAUCCAUUCUUUAACAGUAAUAACUGGAAGCGACUCGAAGCUGGUUUAAACGAUCCUCCAUUUGUGCCGGAUCCGCACGCAGUUUAUGCCAAAGAUGUACUGGACAUUGAACAGUUUUCCACCGUGAAGGGAGUUAAUCUGGACGCAACAGAUGAAAAUUUCUACACCAAGUUUAACACCGGCUCAGUAUCGAUACCGUGGCAGGAUGAAAUGAUCGAAACUGAGUGUUUCAGGGAGCUGAAUGUGUUCGGUGUAAAUGAGUGCCCGACACCAGAUCUGCUCACCAACGCACCACCGGUAGUGGAGAAGCCUGGUUGCUUUCCAUUUAGAAGAAAAAAAAAACAAACGCCCCGCGAGAAACCGGUUCCGUUCAACGAGAAACUGUUAUCCUCUAGUCAAACAACGGUGAGCUGUAGCCAGGCGCCAAAUGAGAGUUGAUAGGUGUAAUCAACAGACACACAAACACAAAACCAACCACGCACGAACUGCGGCCAGGAGCACGCAAUCUUGGGCGUACGUUCGGUUGAAGAAACGAUUGUACAUCCUGGAGAUGAUAAAUGCUGGAAUAGUAACCUUAGUAGCAAAUAGUAGCAGCAAAUGACGUACGAGAAAAUGGAUUGGUUGUGGGUUUUGCUCGCCACCAUCCGGCCAGUCGAUGAUAAACCUCCAGUUUGUAAACCAUUCCGCAACGGGAGAGGGCUUACCAUCGAUCGAUAGUAGAAGCCAACUUCGUGUUGGUUCCGUGCAUCAAUAGGGUGUGGUGGAAAAAAUCCGCACCCCAAUAUCUGCGUGGUGCCAGGUAUUUUUCGAAUUCAUACGCACAAUGUAAUGAAUCUUCUACAUUGCGGAAUCCAUACAUCCGUCACCCAAACUCACUCAGUCAAUGGUACACAAUUAGUAAUGCACAUGAAUAUUUUCUCAUACGCACAAAUAGUAGAUAAUGAACAAACUAAGAGGAUGCAAAAAAAAAAAACAAACUGGAAACUAUUGAACGCAACCUGUGCCCGAUCGGGAGUACUGGGAACGAAUGACGAAUUAGAAGUAUUUGACUAUUCUCUAACAAUAAGAUGCUAAUGUUUCAGAAUUUCUUUGCACUGAGAGCCAUAAAAGAGACAGACACUUUGUACUUCGCUUUACAGAAGUAUGUGUGACUUUUGUUUUAAACCGUAUAUAUAUAAUUGGAUUAUUUCGCGUAUCAAAUCGCAAUGCACAAAUAUUUUUAUAUUAUAAAUUUCGACAUUUUUGUGAGUUGUGUUUCUAUUUCUUCCUUUAAGCAUUUUUGUCAUUUGAGCUUGAGCUAAGUCAAAAAAGGAUAGCAAACGCCGGAAUCUAUCUUAUGUUAAUAUUAUACUGCCAGGUGUACGACACAAUCAAUGGAUGCGAAAACAAAAACAUAGAGAAAAAAAUAAUUUUACCAAAGCUGAAGGGAGAUCGUCCCCCCUCCCCGUUAUCCCGUCUUUCAUCGCGUCGACAAGUUUAUGCAUUUUGGAGCUUACCGUUUUGAGAAUAGGGUUUGUUGUUGGCAUGCGAAACAUAUUUCCCUGCACGGGCGAACGGUUUUGUAUGUAUGGGUGGGUGUACGUGUAAUGAUUUUCCUCUUAAAAUAUUGUAUUUAAAAAUUUCCUACGAGCUUCAUGAGUUUUUUUGUAUAAAAAAAGUACACAUAAAACCCCCGUAACAACAUUGUGGUACAUUGACAUGCAAUGAUAUAUGUUUUCUCAUGGGCGUGCAUCAUCACGACCAGACCCCUUGUAAAUCGAUUAUUGUAACAUGUAGCCAUUAGCAAAGAUGAACCACUCACCGUAUGUGAAUGUUUUGAGUUAAAAACAGACACUUGCUGCUAGACAUGGUAAUGCUCAGAUCAAACUUACAAACAGAAGCUUUGUUUUUUUUUACAUAAUAAUAAUUUGUGAUGGUAAUUAUGUUGCUAUAAUAUUUGUCGAAACAAUGCUCAUAUAUGCUCAGAAGUAUCAACGAACUGCGUAGGUUUGAUUUAGCUUCAGGCACACGAUUUUUCCAACGAGGCUACACAGAAAGGGUGGCGUACAUAUUAACUAUUAGCGCAUUAUUUUGAAACAAUGGUGAGAAGCAUGAUAUACCCGCUUGUGAAAGCAUUUCCAUUGGGUAGAAAAAGUACUAUGGGGGAAGUACUUAAAAAAAAACAAAAAGAAGCUCUUAAAUAUUCGAAUGGUUGAAAAGGUAACUUUUUAACAGUUUUCAUACUCAUGUACUAAUCAAUUAUAACAUAACGUAGAAGAUUCUUCGCGGCGGUAAGAUAAAGGAGGGCUGGCAGGAUAGGCAGGAAGAAAUCGUAUAACUCUAUCGCACGCAUACUAUUCAUUAUAUAGAACCACACUCCUCCCAUAUAAACACAAAGGAAAACACUGACUCGAAAUGCGCAAAGAAUUGUGGGAAGGCGAACUCUUGGCUAGCGAGGGACUGUCAAAUGCAUAAAAUAUGAUAAACUUAAACUAGUUACCGGACACGCAAAUGCUAAAUGUAAAGAACAAAAAGGGAACGCAGAUGAAGAAGAAUCAGAACAAACUGUAACAAAAAAAACAAACAAACAAAAAAACCUAAAACAAAGUAUGAGUGAAAGCAAUCAUUUACUAGGGCUGUUUUAGCUUUAAUCACUGUGGUCCGGUAGGAGGAAUGGUUAGCGUUUUACCGUAUCUUUGAAGUAUUGUGUUCAAAACAUGUAGCACCCCCCAAAAAAACACGAAAGCACAAACGCAACGCCAGUUGCACCAGCAAGCCCCGCACAGGAGUGUGCUUUCGUUAAUAUGUUUUAUAUUUUAUUUUAACGUUUUUUUUGUUUAGCUAUAAACAUGCCGCACAAACGUUCUAGUUUAAGUUUUAUGCGAAAGCACCCGUAUAAGCUCGGCGAGCCUCCCCCCCCCUGUGUGUGUGUGUGCCGUUGCAAUCGGUGCCGAUUGGUAUUAACGUUUUAUUUAAACCCUUAUCGUACCGAAGGGAAGACAAAAGCAAACAAUAAACAAAAUGUAAACAAAUCAGUCUCUUGUGAUGUGAGCUAUGCCUAAUUGUGUUGCUGCAGUGAAUGUAUGUGCUUGUUUUAUGCAAUUUUAAGAAACAAACGUUGCGCAUUUGUUUUGCCGAGUUGUAGUAAUAAGAUUGUUAUACUUACGUUUAGAAAAUUCAGCCCUUUAGCGCUUGUUCAUCUUCGUUCUCUGAAAGACAAAGCGCUAGCGCAAAACGUGGAGAACUUGAGCACAGUUUGCGUGCGUAACGUAUUCAAGCACAAAACUUUGUAGCACCAACAAAGGAAGAAACAAAAAAACAGUCUCCUCCAAUGAGUUUUUAAAUAAAAAUCGUACUGUAUAUAGUAGCGGUAGUAGUAGAAGAAAGAGAACCUUCCACCUCCCUCCGAUUGUCCAACAGUAAGGUGAAAAUUAGAAGAAAAAAACCUGCAUAGUGGAGGUUAUUAGGGCGCUAGUGCAUGUUGCUGCAGUGUUGAAUUGGAUGGAAAGCGAAAGCGGACGCGUUCAGAUAUCCUCAUGGUUUGCAAAGAUAUUUACAAAACCUUCUAUGUGUGUUUCAUACCUUCACUAUUAGACACAUAUUGAGAAGUACAAUGAAUCUGUAUAACUAAACGAUACAUUCGAUGGCUACUAUAUUGGAUCGCUAUACCGGACCGGGGUGCGUCCCGCUGGGUGCGAGGAAGUUAUAGUCGAGGUGUAGCCAAAAAUUGGCAUCUUCAAGCUCAUUUAAUAUGAUCAUACAAAAUUUGGAAUAGAAGAAAUGACGGUGCAAGUGUAAGUGUAGAGCGAUAGUAAUAGUGUGCAAGCUAGUUAGGCAGUGGUAAUUGGAUUGUAUUUGCUCUAGUGCAUUCAUACAGAUGGAGCCCAACCGAAGCCAACAAUAGAAUUUCGAUGAUAAAUAUUAAGUGACAACAAAAAAAAAUGAACAAAAAAAACACAAAAACACAUGAGAAAUAUAUGGAACUUUUUACGUGUAAUAUCAGCAAGCAGACGGAGGGUGGAAUAAAUUCCAAAUUUUUGAAUAGACAGGAAGGGAAACUAAAUGAUCGUGCAUGAACGAAUGAAAGAUUUGGCGGCAAGGAUGCAACAUUUGUGUGGCAAGUUCGCGUGUGACCGGGCAUGAGGGUGUUAGAAUCGUAGAAAGUGAGAAAAUGCAUACAACUAAAUAAUAAAUAGAGAAAUUUAAAUUA